AUGGCAUUUCCGCUUUAUAUCUUGCCCAAAAGAUUUUUGCCUUUACUGCGCCUUGAUAAACGACUUGAUUUUGCUAGCUAUGUUGAUGAUCAAUUUCAAGCAAGCUAUACACACACCUUUCUUGUACCGCCUUUUCUCAGAAGUGUGCGGGAAAAUCUCAACAAUCACCUAGGCGACAUUUUACCCGCGAUAACUGAAGAGAUGAGCUAUGCUAUUCACAGAGAAUUAAAUUCAUCAGAAGACUGGCAGCCAAUUAUAGCCUUUGAAAAAGUUCUCCGUGUAAUAGGGCUUGUUUCUGGAAGGGUCAAUGUUGGGCUACCCACAAGUCGCACUGAUGAAUGGCUCAAUCUUUACAUUCAGUAUCCCAUUGAGGUAUUUUCAGCACUGUCAGAAAUCUGCAAAUUUCCCAAGAUACUCCGCCCAAUUGCACAGCACAUUAUACCUCAGAUCAGACGAAUUAAGCAGAUUCAAACCAGAGUGUGUGAGAUCCUGGCACCAGAGUAUGAGUCCAGGCGCAGUACACUAAAAGGCGGAAAGGAUAGAGCAAAGAUUGAUACUAUGCUUCAGUGGACAUGGGAGAAUUCAAAGGAAGAAGAACGGACAGACACAUUCCAAAGCCGCAUGCAGAUUGUCUCAGCUGUUCCUACCCUUUAUACUGUUUCUCUAGCAGCGACACAAUGUAUAUUCGACCUAGCAAUGCGGCCUGAGUAUAUUCCAGCUAUCAGAGAUGAGUUUGACUCUGUUUUGGAGAGUUUACAGGGUAACAUCAACAAAGAGGCACUGGGGAAACUGGUAAAGCUGGAUAGCUUUAUGAAGGAGUCUCAGCGUCUAAACCCUCUAUCACUUGCUUCCUUCGAGAGAAAAACAAAGGAGGCAAUCACACUUCCAGAUGGCACAUUCCUUGCCAAAGGCUCACAUGUCGCGGCUCCUGCAUAUUCCAUUGGUCAUGACCAAGAAUUCUUUGAAGACCCUGAGAAUUUUGAUGGUCUCAGGUUUUACCGUCUCCAAGCCACUGAAAAUAAUCGGAGACCCAUGCAUCACUAUGUUUCAGUCAGUGAAACUUCACUUGGCUUUGGGUAUGGUCGGCAUGCUUGUCCAGGUCGAUGGUUUGCUGCAAUAGAAAUCAAGUUAUUCCUAGCUUUCCUGACACAUGAUUAUGACAUUGAGGCUGUUGAAAUAGGUGAUGACCGUCCUAGAAGCACCAUUGAUCAAUUUUUUAUCUACCCAGAUGCCUCGAAGAUGGUGGCUUUGCGACGCAGAAAGUUCUAG